AUGGCCAUCAGAUUUCUGGCUUUGUUUCAAGUUCUUAUUGUCUAUUCUACUUUUCUUCACAUCAUUCUUCCUCCGAAUUCAUGCAAUGCAUCUAAUAUAGUACCCAAACUUAAGCAAUGUGGAUUUGAUGCAAUAUAUAAUCUUGGGACUUCAAUUUCAGACACAGGCAACUCAGCCAUAGAUAAUCCUUCUAUGUGGCAAGCCAUGUUUCCUUAUGGAAAAACCAUUAACGAAGCGACUGGUAGAUCCUCUGAUGGACUGUUAAUAAUUGAUUACAUUGCAAGAUCAGCCGAUCUCGCCUUAGUCGUUCCCUAUAAGAAUUUGAGUGCAUCACAUUUGUCAACAAGUCGUGCAGUGAACUUCGCGUACAGCGGCGCCACAGCCUUGUCAAAGGAAGUUCUUGCAAAAAAGAAAAUCAUCCUAGAUUGGGCACCGCCUUCUCUCAGUGUACAACUUGGAUGGUUGGAUGAUUAUUUCAAAGGAUACUGUAACAAUGUCAAAGACUGCACGAAGGCUGACUCGUCACUUUUCAUGAUAAAUUUCGGAACCAAUGACUAUGGUAAUGCAUUCAGCCAAAAUCAUAACAUUGAAGAGAUAAAGAAGAAUGGCUUGGUGUCUGACGUUGUGGAGGCUAUAAAACAAGCUCUUAAGAGAAUCAUCUCCCAUGGAGCUAGAAGAGUCCUCGUCUUUGGAGUAGCCCUAGAUGGGUGUAGACCAAUCUCAGUAACAAUGCAAGCUGCUAACAAAUCUGCCACUUAUGAUCGAUUUGGAUGUGUAAAAGACAACAAUGACUUCUGCAAUUACCACAAUGAACUUCUUCAAGAAGGCCUUAAAGAAUUAAGAGAGCAACAUCCUGAUGUACAAAUAGUAUAUGGUGAUCUUUACAAUGCAAUGCAAUCGAUUUUGGAUAACUCCCAAUCUCUUGGAUUCAAAUCAUUGACAGAAGCUUGUUGUGAUGUCGAUGUCGAAAAUAAAAAGAAAGCUGUCUUGUACAAAGACAAACUCUGCGGAGCUAAAGGUACCAUAGUUUGUCCAAAGCCUGAAGAGUAUGUCUUCUGGGAUAACGGGCAUUGUACUCAGAAGGCAAACGAGCAGAUGGCCGACUGGAUCAUUCAAGACAUCUUCCCCAAGUUUCAAUGCAAUGCUUGA